AUGUCUCCGAGCUGCCCCAGAAAGCCACCGGCCCAGAAGCACGCGGGCAGGUCACCGGAGCACUGGGAAGCCCGAGUAAUGUGGAGGAGCCUCGCCGUGAGCCAGGCUCUGGUGAUUCUCUGUCCUAGGACGAGGCCCAGCUUCCAGGCGUGUUUUCUCAGUUUUUGGCGUGGCAAUUUGGCAAAUGUUAUUCGAUAUUUUCCAACACAAGCUCUAAACUUUGCUUUUAAGGACAAAUACAAACAGAUUUUCAUGUCAGGAGUUAACAAAGAUAAGCAGUUCUGGAGGUGGUUUUUGGCUAAUCUAGCAUCAGGCGGAGCUGCAGGGGCAACAUCCCUAUGUGUGGUGUAUCCACUAGAUUUUGCCCGAACUCGAUUAGGGGCGGAUAUUGGAAAAGGUCUUGAAGAACGGCAAUUCAAAGGUUUAGGUGAUUGUAUUAUCAAGAUAGCAAAAUCUGAUGGCGUCACUGGUUUAUACCAAGGAUUUGGGGUUUCCGUUCAAGGUAUCAUUGUGUAUCGAGCCUCUUAUUUUGGAUCUUAUGACACAAUUAAGGGCUUAUUGGCAAAUCCAAGGGACACCCCAUUCCUUGUGUCCUUUUUAAUUGCUCAAGUCGUAACUACCUGCUCCGGAAUACUCUCUUAUCCCUUUGACACCGUCAGAAGGCGCAUGAUGAUGCAGAGUGGCGAGUCCGAGCGCCAGUACAAGGGAACCAUCGACUGCUUUAUGAAGAUAUACCAACUUGAAGGCUUCGGGGCUUUCUUCCGUGGAGCCUUCUCCAAUGUCCUCCGAGGCACAGGCGGUGCCUUGGUGCUGGUCUUGUAUGAUAAAAUCAAAGAGCUGUUAAAUAUUGACAUUGGAGGCAGUUCAGUGGAAUAA